CCGGACAAAAGCGUCGUCAAUAUAAAAGGAAAACAAGAAAGGCUCUCUGUCGCGCAAGAAAAACCUCUGGGACACUGCAGUGUCCACUCAUACAGAGUGACCUUACUCCCUCUUUUGUCAGAAUACAAGCCUGAAACAGUUUCUAAAGACUGUUGACAUCUAGUGGAAGCCAUAGGAAGUGCAAUUUGAGUCAUAAGUCAAUGGAAUCCGUUUGAGUUACGGAAAACUACAAACAUAAAAAAUCCUACUUCCUGGAUGGAUUUUUCUCAGGUUUUCGCCUGCCAUAUCAGUUCUGUUAUACUUACAGCCAUUAUUUUAACAGUUCUGGAAACGUUGGAGUACUUUCUACCCAAACCUACUAAUUGUAUGCAAAUCCUAGCUUCUGGGCCUGAGUAGCAGGCAGUUUACUUUGGCCAUGCUUUUCAUUCAGAGGUUAACAUAGUGAACUUUACCCGAGUGAGGUGAACUCACUUGUUGGGAAUUGUAACAGCUCAUAUAGCGAGGAUCACUACUAUAUUCACUUAACUUCUUGACAAUGAAUGAGUCCUUAGUGAUUGUUUCCAGGGAAACAGUGAUUAAUGUGAUGACACAUUGUGGCCAACAGACAACUGUUUUUAAUUUUCAUGUUAUAUCGAUAUUUUCAAGAGGUGAUUGAACUCAAGUAGUGAUGCUGUUUGUUUUAUUCUGACUACCAGUGAUGCAUCAAGUUAUUCUGUUUGUUUUCUUCUGACUACCAGUGAUGCAUCAUGUUAUUCUGUUUGUUUUAUUCUGACUACCAGUGAUGCAUCAAGUUAUUCUGUUUGUUUUAUUCUUACUACUAGUGAUGCAUCAACUUAUUCUGUUUGUUUUAUUCUGACUACCAGUGAUGCAUCAUGUUAUUCUGUUUGCUUUAUUCUGACUACCAGUGAUGCAUCAAGUUAUUCUGUUUGUUUUAUUCUGACCACCAGUGUUUCAUCAAGUUAUUCUGUUUGUUUUAUUCUGACCACCAGUGACUUCCUACUAUGGAUCCUUGCUCAAACCAAACUUUGACUCUAGCAGCACUGGGACGGCCCUUCUCCCUGGGAAUGCUGUAUGACUGUCGCAAUGAUCACCUCAUUCCAGGCCUGACGCUGUGGGACGAGGAAGCACUCGGAAGGGACAUCAUUACGACAGACGAGCCUUUCACCGACUUCAAAGUCAUCACAUCUGAUUCUACAGCUGACAAAUACUCUGUGUUAAAUGUGAACGGCUCUCUCAAAACAAGCUGUUUGGCAGGGCUGGUUAAGGUGGAGGGAUCAGCAAAGUAUUUGAAAGAUGUUAAAGAGUCUCAGAAUCAUGCGAGAGUCACACUUUGGUACACCACUACUAAGAAAAACACUCAACUGUCCAUGAACCACCUUGGGCAGGAACACAUUAAGUACAAGGAGGUUUUUAGGGAAGGCAUAGCUACACAUGUGGUCACAGGUAUACUUUACGGAGCAAAUGCUUUCUUUGUGUUCGAUCGUGAGGUCUCAAGUGACGAGGACCGUAAAGACAUUGAGGGAAGCUUUAAAGUGACGCUUAAUAGCAUUCCCUAUGUUUCUAUUGGGGGUGAGAGUGCUUUAGGCAAGAAGAACACUUCUGAAACUACAACUGACAAGUUCUCUUGUAGAUUCCAUGGGGACGUUCUCCUGGAAAACAAUCCUGUAUCUUUUCAAGAUGCCAUGGACACCUACAAAACCUUGCCUCAGAAGGUAGGUGAGGGGGUUCCGGUGCAAGUGAAUCUACUUCCGUUAAAAGAAUUGGACCCAACCGCCACCCAGAUGGUUUGUCAGAUCAGUGGAAGCUUAGUUGACCAAUGGCAGACUGUGCUGGAAGACCUCAGUGAGCUGGAGAUGAGAUGCAACGACGCAAUGAGAAGCAAGCCAGUAAAAUACUUCAAGGAAAUUGAUGCCAAAGUGAAAACCUUUAAAAAACUGUGUUUCACAGAGCAUUUGAAGACUACUUUGGCAGACCUCCUUCCGUCUAUUAGAGGGGGAGAAAAGGAAGAGAGGGUGUUGUCCGAAUUCUUGACAAAGCAGCAAGAGUUCCGUUUCAACAGCAACAUCCUCAGUGAAUGUAUGGAUCGCAUUGAGAGAGAGAUCAAUGUGGUUGAUCGAUUCCUAAGCAUGAUUACAGAGGACUACAGUCAGACGUGUUCCACCAAGAUAGUCACAUCGAAGAGGGAACUUGACAAAGAGGUUUUGAACUCAAAGGUGAAGCGUGUUGUAUGUUUCACUUUCACCUCUCUGGGGUGCGAGGACCCUGUCCUGUCAGCUUUGGAUUCCCCAAGCUCUGAGAACACACAAGCCUUAGUUCCAGUUAAACCUGAUCUGACAAGAUGGUACCAUUCUGAUAAUGUAUUUGAUGACAUGGACAAGCAAGCUGGACUUUUCAAAGAUUUUGCUGAAGCUAACAAAGAGGACACACAAUCACGUUUCCUCUUGGCCUCCAUUCCCAACAAGGAACAAGAAGGAGCCAGCAUUUACCUUUAUGAGAAUGGAUCCAUAAGAAACGAGCAUUGGGAACCUCCAUCUAAACUUGAGAAGCCAACAGCAUGUGACAGAACUCACAACAGUGUGGAGUUGGAGUUGCUCCCUCCUGAUAGGGGAGCCCAUGACGUCACCCACUACCUGAUAGAAUACUGUAUUAAUGAGAAAGAUGGAUGGAGCAGCGAGAAGACGUCUGAAUCUGACGCAGCCUACACAGUGUCUGGACUGCUUCCCAGUACAGGGUACAAGUUCAAAUACAGAGCCGUGUGUUCAGCCGGCCUUGGUCCAGGCAGCGAGGUUAGUGACAUCAUCAAAACCUUGCCUUCCUGCCCUCCCAGUAAGCCUGAAAUCAAAGCCUACUCCACUGAGCUCAUGGUGUGCUGUCCAACGCCGUCUGUGAUUGGACAAGGGGUCAAGAUUCAGAACUAUGUGGUAGAACACAAAGAGGUGCCCACAGAGGAGAGUGAGGGGGAUGCAGAGUGGAUGAAGAGGACUUCCAAAGACAACGUCUGCAUCAUCGCCGGACUGCAGUCCCUCACAAAAUACACAGUGAGAGUCAGAUACGACUGUGGUGAAGCUGGAAUCAGCAAGUGGAGCUCACCAGUCGUCAUCGCCACUCUCUCAAAGACCACACGGUUGGCUGACGGUGUAAAAGAAAAGAGUGAACUGAAGCACCCUGGCUCGCCGUCUGUUUAUGAGAUCCCCAUGGAAACGAUACCGCCGGUGGAUGAAGUAGCCAGGCUCAGGUUUGGAGAGCAGAGUUCCAGGACCAGGAGGACAAUCUAUCUGGUGGGAGACAAAGACCAGGUAAUGGAGCUGAUGAUCAACUACAUCCUGGGAGUUCAGUGGGAGAAUGGGUUCCGCUUCAAGCUACCCCAAGAUGACGAGGUAUCUACAAUGAUAUAUGAAAUCAAUUACCAGGAUGGAUUCCAGAUCCCCUUCUCUCUCACCAUUAUCUAUGACAGACAAGACAAGUGUAGAUCAUUAGAUUUGGGCCAGAUCUGGGUCAAUGCUCUGUGCUCUGUGUGCGAUGCGGCUGAGUUUAGGGAUCUAGACUCUGAAGAUUGUAAAGAAAUGAAGAGAUGGAAGAAAUGGAAGAUGGUGAACCUGAUGACACAUGCAGAUGGAAGGCAACUCUUUAAACACAUCGACCCUGAGGACAUUCCAGUUCACUUCAAGUUCAAUCUGUCAGCGUUUACAGACCAUGCCAGGAGAAGCCACGCUGACGGUGACGGAGCCAUGAUGAGGAGGAGUCGCCAUGACGUGAUGAGGGGAAUCCGUGACAAGAUGAGGGAAAUGAGGAGUCACCAUGACAUGAUGAAGGAGAUGAGGGAUCCCCAUUACGUGAUGUGGAUGAUGAGGAGAAGCAUUGAUGAUGAGGACGAUGACCAUGGGGAUGGUGGUGAUGGUGGUGGUGACAAUGACGAUGAUGGUGACGAUGAUGACCAUCCUCAGUUUGAGAAGACGUUCUGGGAUGCAGAUAUGGGCAGUAUGAAGAGGUUUUUCAAGACCUUGUUGAAAAUGGAGAGUUCAUGUUCCCUCAAAGACCUGAUUGGUUGAAUAGAGUGUGUUUCUUUAUUUAACAGGCCAACCUCAUCUUGUUAUCAUCUUGGUGUCCAUAAGGUCAACCUCAUCUUGUUAUCAUUUUGGUGUCCAUAAGGUCAACCUCAACUUGUUAACAUCUAGGUGUCCAUAAAGCCAACCUCAUCUUGUUAUCAACUUGGUGCCCAUAAAGUCAACCUCAUCUUGUUAUCAUCUUGGUGUCCAUAAGGCCAACCUCAUCUUGUUAUCAUCUUGGUGUCCAUAAGGCCAACCUCAUCUUGUUAUCCUCUUGGUGUCCAUAAAGCCAACCUCAUCUUGUUAUCAUCUUGGUGUCCAUAAGGCCAACCUCAUCUUGUUAUCCUCUUGGUGUCCAUAAAGCCAACCUCAUCUUGUUAUCAUCUUGGUGUCCAUAAGGUCAACCUCAUCUUGGUGCC